UUCGAUAUGCGAGUGGCAAGGAUGCAAGAAGAGAAAUUCCGUCCUCCCCAAAGAGUCCCCAAGCGCUGGCAGGUCAAAGCACAAGGAUUUGAAGAGAGAUUACGUGUAUCAUACGUCGUACUUCAUGCGGGCCUGAUGUCAGCGUCAGUGUCAGUCGAUAGAGAGAGGACGACGUGCAUGCUUGUGUUCGUGUGCCUGUGGGCUGAGUGCUGGAGCGUGUUGGCGCAAGAAGCUGCCGGGAGAAUUAAGCGACCUAAGGUAUGUACAAACGCGUGCGGAUCGACGUGUUAUUGCGCAUGGAGCCCAGCGCACACCGACAAAUAGUCCAAAAAAGAGAGCCAAACGUGCAUGACUUGUCCGUUGUCGGGAAGUCCCGAGAGCCGGAGUCGUAAGAGCAAACCGAAGAGACGUGCUGUAUGUGCAUGUGAUUUGGAUAUGAAGCUGGUGUGGGAACCAAGUAGAGCCGGACCGUGCUCGUCACCCCUAGAGGAGCGAAGCCGGUUAUAUGUGCGAGUAAGGUAGCGGUAACGCGUGCGGCGUGAAUAUGUGAUAUGAU